AGUCACUUGAGUUCGGUCGUCUGGUCAACAACAGCGGAGAAAGCGAGAAGAAUUGCGUAGAGCCCCGGCGAAUCCCGAGAAUCCCGAAAAUCCGUAGUUCCAAACAUUCCGCCGCGGAGUCGCGAAUCCCAGUAUCCCAGAAACCCGAACCAAAUCAAAAAUGUGCCUUUCAUCCCCGAUUCCCGGUCAAAAACAGGCCACCACAAGCCACUGCAAUGGAUCCUGCAGCCUGGACAGGAACGGAAACCGCAGUGCCACCAGUGCCCCAAAUGGAGAACUAAAGCAUAGAAAACACGCCACAGACGCUGCAUACAACGACACCAAAGACGAGGACAACUUGGGCUACAAGGAGGAGAACGCGGUCUACAAGGAGAACGUCCUCGAGAAGGAGAAGCUGCUGCUGGAGCAGGACCAGAAGUCGAAGGACUCCGUGCUGGAGGAGGAGGAGGAGUACCAUCCGCGCAUCAGAUGGCCGGAUCUCGGGGCCCAAGCCUUCCUGCACAUCGGAGCCCUCUACGGGUUGUACCAGCUCUUCUACGCGAGCUUCUACACAUUCCUCUGGGUGGUGGUCACCGUUUGGGUCUCCGGAAUCGGAAUCACGGCGGGAGCCCACCGCCUUUGGUCGCACAAAUCGUACACGGCCUCGUUGCCCCUAAGGAUUCUGCUGGCCUUCGCCUUCUCCAUCGCGGGUCAGAGAGAUGCCUACACGUGGGCCUUGGACCACAGGAUACACCACAAGUUCUCCGAGACCGACGCCGAUCCACACAACGCCAAGAGGGGCUUCUUCUUCGCCCACGUGGGCUGGCUGUUCCUCACUCCCCAUCCCAAGGUGGUGGCCAAGAGGAAGGUCAUUGACAUGUCCGACUUGGAAGCGGAUGCCGUGUGCAUGUUCCAGAGGAAGUACUACAUCCCGCUCUUCGCACUCUGCUCCAUCAUCCUGCCCGUUGCCGUGCCCUGGUACUUCUGGAACGAGGACCUCUGGAUGUCCUUCUGGAUCAACUUCAACAUGCGCUUCACCUGGACCCUCAACGUGGCCUUCUUCGUGAACAGCGUGGCCCACAUGUACGGCAACAAGCCGUACGACAAGAACCUGAUGUCCACUGAGGCUCCCAUCGUCUCCCUGCUGGCCAUGGGAGAGGGAUGGCACAAUUACCACCACGUCUUCCCCUGGGACUACAAGACGGGCGAGUUCGGAAACUACAGCCUCAACAUCACCACCGGAUUCAUCGACUUUUGCGCCUGGCUGGGCCUGGCCAAAGGACGUAAAUCGGUGUCCCCUGACAUGGUCCUGAGAAGGGCCAGGAAGUGCGGCGACGGAACCCGCUUCCUGAGCGACGACUUCGCCCAUAAGGAUCCAGUGUGGGGCUUUGGGGACAAGGACAUUCCCUGCGAGGAUAUCGUCGAGCUGGCCAAGAUGCAGAACUAAGCCUUGGCCCUGUAUUAUGUUUUCAGCCUGUGGUUUUCCUAGUUUUAAGUUUGUAGCACCAGCCAUGCCUUAUGCUUCUUUAUCCGAUCUGUGUUCUCGUCUGAGAUUUUGCGAUUUAAAGUUGUAAUCCGAUAAGAACUUAGCUCGUUUAACUGGGCAUUUGACCCAUCUCAACCCAUCCCAUCCCGGAUCAUUAGGAUCGUCGUAUAGGGACGCUAAUCUCCCAUCGUUGCUUUCGUUACUUACCUGCGGGUCAAUAAACUAUGUUUUGUAUUAAAAAA